GAAGUGAAGAAUUCAUCAUGUUCACCUUCGAACUUCAGUUGGCAGGUUGUAUUGUAGAAGUUGUGUGUGAUCAGAUGGGCCGAUGGGGAUUGUAUUGUCGUGUGGAGGUGGUAGGUUUCGGUUUAACAACAAAAAGGAUAAACAAUGGUUCAGAAUCGAUCCAAUUGUGCUAACGAGAACAGAAGCUACAGAAAUUCUCGGAAAAGAUGGCCAGAGACCAGGCACAUACAUUUUGUAUGAAGAUGUAGAAAAGGAACGAAUAUGUCUUUCUUUCAGAACAACCAGUGGAGAGGUUGUCCAUCAUUCGAUCGUAAAGUUAAACGAUUUGUUCUACUUCAACGAUUUUCCCUUUCCUUACCUCGAAUCCAUUGUUUUGUAUUACAAGAAAUACAAGUUCAAGGACACGAGACUUACGCAGCAGGCUGUUCUUAGUCCUCAUGUUAAGACUCAACGUUCCAAACGAAUAUCCGGGUAUUUAAAAUUGGAUACCGUGCGAGAAUCAGAUAGAGACUCACAUGUGUAAUGUUGCUAUUUAUACAUAUUUAUUUUAAAGCUGAAUUUCCUUAAAAAUGUACAACUUGCAAUGUUUUAUAUAUUCUAAACUUUGCUAAAAUCUAAGAUUAGGGCCAUUUCAAUUGAAAUGCCUUUCGCUUUUUUUAACGAAAAUUCUUUUUUAGCCUAAAUAUGUUGGCUUCAGCCAUUUUUAAUUACAAUGCCAUCCUUGCGUGUCUGUUUAUAGACCAGAUAGCUUAAUUCUUGUAAAAAGUUAUGUUAUAUUUAAGUUAUAAAUGUAUGCUGCGACUUGUAGUAUUUUAUACCAUCUUGCGUAUUUUUUGUUGAGCCAUAUUUCAUUAUGUUCUGAUUUGUGGAAAUAAUUUGUGUGUGUGUUUCUAUUUGUGUUAUUGGUAUGUAAAUAAGGAAUUAAAAAUCUGUGUAAUUUUUUGUUGAA